AUGCACGAAAUCAACAGGCUGGUGGUCGGGCAUGAUGGCACGGGCAUGCAUGCCGGCUGGUUCCUGGGCAGCGUCCAGAUCCGCGUGCCCCGCCAAGGCAAGCAGUACACCUUCCCUGCCAACCGCUGGCUGGACAAGAACCAGGCCGAUGGGCGCCUGGAGGUGGAGCUGUACCCCAGCGAAGUCCUGGAGAUCCAGAAAUUGGUCCACUACGAAAUUGAGAUUUGGACAGGGGAUGUUGGCGGUGCGGGCACCACUGCCCAAGUCUUCAUGCAGAUCUAUGGUGAGGAAGGCAAGACAGAAGUGCUUUUCCUCUCCAGCCGCUCGAAAGUUUUUGAUCGGGCAUCCAAGGACACAUUCCAGCUGGAGGCGGCCGACGUGGGUGAGAUCUUCAAGAUCCGGCUGGGGCACACGGGUGAGGGCUUCGGGCCCAGCUGGUUCGUGGACACGCUGCGGCUGCGGCACCUGGCGGUGCGGGAGGAGGACCUCACGCCCGAAGAGCGGGCCCGGAAGAAGAAGGAGCAGGACAAGCUGCGGCAGCUGCUCAGGAAGGAGCGGCUGAAGGCCAAGCUGCAGAGGAAGAAGAAGAAGAAGAAGGGCAGCGACGAGGAGGAGGGGGGUGGCGAGGAGGAGGGGUCCUCGUCGGAGGGGUCCUCGUCUGCAGAGGAGGAGGACACUGACGAGGAGGAGGAGGAGGAGGAGUUCGGGCCGGGGAUGCAGGAGGUGACUGCGGAGUACAGGUUCGAAGCCCACCGCUGGCUGGCGCGCGGCAAGGGGGACGGCGAGCUCGUCGUGGAGCUGGUGCCGGCGGGCCGGCCGGGCCCUGAGCCCAACACCUACGAGGUCCAGGUGAUCACAGGGAGCGUGCCCAAGGCCGGCACCGAUGCCAACGUCUACCUGACCAUCUAUGGUGAGGCGUACGGGGACACGGGUGAGCGGCCGCUGAAGAAGUCGGACAAGUCCAACAAGUUUGAGCAGGGACAGACAGACACCUUCACCAUCUACGCCAUUGACCUGGGGGCCCUGAUGAAGAUUCGGAUUCGCCACGACAACUCAGGCAACAGGCCAGGCUGGUUCCUGGACAGAAUAGACAUCACUGACGUGAACAACGACAUCACGUACUGCUUUCCAUGCCAGCGCUGGCUGGCGAUGGAGGAGGAUGAUGGCCAGCUGUCCAGGGAGCUGUUGCCAGUGGACGAGUCCUGUGUGCUGCCACCAAGCGAGGACGAGGAGGGUGGGGGAAGGGGUGACAACAACCCCCUCGACAACCUGGCCCUGGAGCAGAAAGGUUUCCUAAACUAUAGCUGAUUUCUUCCCUCCAGCUCCCUCUCCUCUGCCUGUCUGCCAUCGUAGGUCCAUCUUCUCUUCCCCUGGGGCUCUGGGCACUUCCUCCUCGGGCACUGUAUCUAUCUGCUCUUUCAUUCCUCCAUGGCAAGAAUGGGGAGGUGAGGGGGGCAUAUCCCACAUGCCUAGCAUAAGGUUAGGUAUAAAGUACAAGACUUAGCAUGUGGGGUUAUUAUCAGAAAUAGAAUAGGAUAGAGUAUUGUAGCUGGCUCUGACUACUCUUGUGUCCUCCCUUCCAGGCACAUUACAGGCUCUCAAUAUGUUUUUGUCAAGGGAAAGAAUGAAUUUCAAGAGUCCUAUGACACUUGUGCUCCCUUCCUUGAAACUUGCCUCCCUAAAACAAUUCCAGCCUUGGGAGAGUCAGACCAGGGCUCCUGCUAAUGAGCCUCUGAUCCUCACAGUCAUUCCAACCCUCCCCUAAGCAUCCUGCAGCUCCACUGACUGGGAGCUUUCUGUGUGAGCUGGAGGUGGGGGAGACCGCAUCUCUGCCUUCUGGAAGUUUCCAGACUAAAGGCAGCUGCAGGACAACACAUGCUGCAAGUAAAGCGAUUCAUACAAAUGGUCAACAUGAGCACAGAAACAUAUUCAGUACGUUUUCUCCCUCCUCCUUUCAUGGGAGGAGCAAUGUGCCACUCACUCCUCCACACUCCUCUCCCGGCAGAUAAGUCUACCACAUUCUCCGUGACUGUAAAGACCGGGGACAAGAAGAAUGCGGGCACUGAUGCCAAUGUCUUCAUCACACUCUUUGGCACGAAAGAUGAUACUGGUAAGAAAGCAAUGCAGGGCCGAGGUUCACCCACAUUCCUCCCCAGGGAGACUGGGAGAUUCAACAGAACUUUCCAAGGAAUCUUGGUCAUGCCUCUCUCUAUUUUCAAAAAGCAAUUUUAAGAAUUCCCUUAAUUUUGUUUAAUUUUAUUGUGGGAAGAACAUUUAACGUGUGAUCUAUCCUCUUAACAAAAUUUAAAUGUACACUACAUUGCUGUUGACUGUGGGUGUAUAUUAUACAGUAGAUCUGUAGAACUUAUUAAUUUUACUAAACUGAAACUUGAAGCCUAUUGAUUAAUAACUCCCUAUUUUCUUCUCUCCCCAGUUCCUGGUACCCACCAUUUCAGUCUUUGGUUUUAUAAAUUUGACUGUUUUGGAUACCUCAUAUAAGUGCAAUCAUGCUAUAUUUGUCUUCCUAUGUCUAGAGUAUUUCACUUAUUGUAAUGUCCUCAAGGAACAUCCAUGUUGUUGCAUACUGAGAAUUUUUUUAAAGGCGGAAAUCGUGUUUUCCUUAUCUAUUCAUCUGUCAAUGGACAUAUGUUUUUCACCUCUUAGCUAUUGAAAAGCACUGCAAAGUUGGAAGUACUAAUACCUUCACAAGAUCCUGAUUUCAAUUCUUAUGGGUACAUACCCAGAAGUAGGAUUGCUGGAUUACAUGGUAGUUGUAUUUUUAAUUUUUAGGAACUUUCAUACUGCUUUCCACAGCAAUUGCACCAUUUUGCAUCCCUACCAACUAUGUGCAAGGAUACCAAUUUCUCUACAUCCUCACCAACACUUACUUGUCUUUUGUUUUUUUGAUGGUAGCCUUCCUGACAGAUGUGAGGUGUUUAUCAUUGUGGUUUUGAUUUGCAUUUCCCUGAUAAUUAAUGAAUAUGAGCCUUUUUUCUUAUUCUGUUGGCCUUUUGUAUGUCUUUGGAGAAAAGUCAUUAGUUAAGUCCUUGGCCCAUUUUUAAAUUGAGUUAUGAGGUUUUUUAGUUAUUGAGUUGAAGGAGUU